AUGGCUCAAGAAGCCUUGGACGGGGGUGCCAAGAUAGCAGCUGCAUACGGAAAGCCUGCCUUGGAGAGCACAUCAGCCGCAGCCACCCAGGUGUGUGUGACUUGGUUUCCUCCCUACGACCUUAAAGCACUUGGCUUCGCUCGCUGGUUCACUAAUAGGAGAAAUGACCAGGCCGCUGGAUGGGCUACCGAAAAUCCUGGGUCGGCAGCAACAACUGCCCUCGUGGCCGUUGGCAUCGCGGCCCCGGGCGUUUUGAGCGCUCCGCUGCUCUCGGCCCUGGGGUUUGGCGCUGGGGGUGUACAGGCUUCUUCCCUCGCUGCCGGUGUACACAGCCUGUUGGGGAAUGUCGCGGCCGGCAGCACCUUCGCUACCCUGCAAAGUGCCGGGGCUGGAGGGGCGGGACUUGCUGCUCUGAAUGGGGCUGCACAGGUGGGUGCUGCGACUGUUGGAGUUGGGAAUGCGGCGGUGGGCUGGGCGAGAGCAAGGCUGUAA